AUGAAUUCUUUAUCAAAAUCUGUUAACAAAAUAAACGCCGCUCGAAAGCACAACAUUUAUGUUUUAUCCAAUUCGAACAAGAAAGUAUCUAAGUCAUCUAAAUAAAUUGAGAAACAUUCUUAAAAGAAAACAUGUUGGACCAUCUGCUGACUCUAGUAAGAAAGAAUUGAGAUGUGUUAGCAGGCGUAGUAAUUUCAGAGAAGAUAGCAGCACAGUUAAAUACUUUAAGCAGAAUAAGAGAUACUUUGAUAGGAGAAAGUUCUCUACUAAGAAGAGAGUACUUAAAUCAUCUCUCCAGCUACCUAAGACUACUUCAAAUAAAAGUAUGAGAACUCGGCCUGAUCUUGGUAAUAAGUCAGUUCAAAUUAAGAGUUCACUAAAUGUUAAGACUGUCGAUAAUGAAAGCUCUAUUUCGUUAAAUCAAGGAUUUAAGCAUCAGAUGUUUGAAGAGAAGAGAACCAGGAAUCAUCCGUAUAAUCCCUAUCCUGAUGGGUCAAUUGAUCCGAGGACCUACUCUCCUUUGAUUAAAGGGAUCAAGAGCGGAUACAAGAACGAUAGCUUUAUUAAUUCUUACUCUCAUUAUCGGGAUAGGAACAAUAACAGUAGUCUCUCUUCAUUCACAGAUUCCAGAAACAAAAUUGCUAGUCUUGAGUUUCAAAAGUUCAGGAAGGUAAGUGAGGAGAAGAAGCAGAAGGACACUAGUGAGAAAGGGACCAUCAAUAAUUUGAUAAAGAGCACCCAGAAGCAGCUAAAAUGCCUCUCAUACAAACUUUCAACUGUGAUAUCUGAUGGGAACUAUCAUAACCUGCUGGAAGAAGGUCAGCAGACUAGAAUAGAAGUCAUUGAGGACACAUUGAUUUACUGAAAGGUUGGACUGAAGUAUAAAUACUCUCCGAUGACUAUAAGGUUUAAGUACAAUACAAAAGAGAACUUGAGAGUCUUUUACUCAACUCUGAACAAGAUGCCUCAUGAGCUUGACUAUGAGCAUCAAUAUCAUAAGCCAAAGAAGAUCUGCAUCUGGGCUCAAGGGAGGAACAAGGAAUUUGAUAAAGAUUAUGCAUACCUUGCCCUACUCUGAAGAAGCCAGAUCCCAGUUGAUAUUGUCGUUAAAUUCAAUACAAUGGAGAAAGCUCUUGGCAAGAAGAAAAUGGAGAAAAUGGAAGAAUAUAAUAUUGAAGAAGACCUUAAAAAUGAAGCUGAGGCUCAGAAAGAUGAAGAAGAACAGCCAAAGCCCUCUCCCAGAAUUCUAAAAGAAGAAAUCUUUGAUGACAUUAUUAAAAAAUAACAUGAAAAUUGCUGGCAAAUGGAAGCAGAUUCAUCAAGAAAAACUUGAAAACAACAAGAAUGUACGGCCAAAAAGAAUUGAGGAAGCGAAAGCUAUACAGAAAAAGCUGUUUCUUCAGAAUUUAAAGCAGAAGAAACAAUUCCUCAAGAGGUACUCGUACCAAUUAUAGCUUAUAGGUGGGAUAUCAUCAGAGAAUUAAGAGAGAAAGCUAGGCUCAAAGAUGAACUUAAUGAUAGAUUAAAGAUAUUCAACGGCUUCUGGAAACGUCUCUACGAUAAACACCAUGCUCUAAAUCUGAUAUAUACAAAGUUUUAUAACAGAAAGCAAGAAAUUUUAUUGGAGAAAAAGAAGCUUUACUGUGCUAAUAGGAUCAAGAGAAACUUUAGAAGUAGAAUCGUAUUAUUUGCUCCAUAUCUGUUUGAAAGGAAUCUUAACCAUGUUAGAUAUGGAAUCAACUCAGUGAUGCCUUACUUUGCAGAGCCCGUUGAAAUUAGAGCAAAGAAUAUAUUUGCAGAUUUCCUCACGAAAGCUGCGAAUAAAAAUGCAGCGUUCACAUCUUUUCUAUCCUUUGCUAAAUCAGCUGAUCGUCUAAACCAGUUUUACAAGCGUAGGAUAAAAAUAAAGGCGAUUAAUAAGUAUGUGUUGGACAAAAUUUGGGAAAAGGGUUUCAUGAAUCUGACUCAGAGUACUAUUAUGAGCAAGUCUAAAUCCAAAAAGAAAGCAAAAGAGAUGAAGAAAAUUUACCGCAUCACUAAUGAUACGAAGGAACAAGCUUUAAAAUGACUGUACGACCACAUGGACUUGGAAUACAAGAUUAAAUUUGUCCUCUACAGAAGAAUGCUCGCUGAAAGCUCUGAAGAAACCGGACCUGUAAAGCAAGCCACAGGAUUCUCCUCAGAAAGCAGUUUGCAUAUCAACCAAGCGAUGUAUAGAGAGCUCAACACUCUAUUGUUCCCAGAUUCCUGCACUAACAAAAAGAAUGUUGAAGAGAAGAAGGAGUCUAGUAGGAAAUCUUCUCAUAGAAAUAAUUCAUCUAAGAGAGAUUCCCACGCUAGUGGUUCUAAAACCAAAAAGAGCAAGUCUAAAAGCAGGGUAGAGUUUAAUGUCACUGAAAUCCCAGUGUGUAACUUUGACAUCACUCAGGGAGAAAUGGAAGUUUUUAUUAAAAGAAUCGCAGAUUUGUCAAACAAAAAGCUGGCUAAAUUAGCAAAGCUUGCUAAUUUACCCGCAAGGAAGCCUAAUUCUGAUCUUUAACCAAUAUUUUACAUGA